UUAAAGAGCGGAGGCGGGUCCCGCUCAGCGGAGAGGAGGCGUCCCUUCGCGGCUUCCGUAGCUUCCUUCCUUCCGCUUCCAAGAUGGCGAGCGCGGCCAAGCGGGCCAAGAUGGCGUCCGGAGAAGGAGCCCUGGCCGCCUUCCUGGCCUGGGCCGAGCGGGAGGGCCUCCGGGUCAGCCCCAAGGUUUGUGUGAGCAGAGAGGGCACCGUGGCGGAUUACGGCCUGCUGGCGCGAGAGGACCUUGAGGCGGGAGAAGUCCUGUUCUCGGUCCCGCGGACAGCCCUCCUUUCCCAGCACACCAGCCCCUUGGCCCCCCUCCUGCAGAAAGAACACGCCUCCCUGGAGAGCUCCUCCGGGUGGGUCCCGCUCCUGCUCUGCCUGCUGCACGAAUCCACCGACACUCAUUCCCGCUGGGCGCCUUACCUGUCCCUCUGGCCCGGCUUCAGCAGCCUGGACCUCCCCAUGUUCUGGUAA